AUGGUCUUGCGAUAUAAUGAUGGCCGAAUUGAAUUUAUGUCAUCUUUUUCUGAAUUUGCAAGUAGAUGCAAAAGGGAGUCUACAGCACCUGGGAUUCCCAGGCCGUCUCCGAUCCAAGUACUAACCAGGCCCAACGUUGCUUUACUUGACAGGUCGGACGAGAUGUCGUGCUUUCAACGUGGUAUGGCCGUAGACAUCCUUGUCCUUGAUGAACAGAAUUUCGUUUUGCUUAUAAUCGACAGUAUCGGUGCAGAUUUAGCAUUUACAGCACGGGGCCAUUUUGAGGGAGGUAAUGGCAAUGAUGGAUGGCUAGAUGACAAGGAUAAAGUUUUACUUAAUUCGGAUCGGAUUUAA